AUGGUACCUGACAAAUGCGAAGGUAUCGUGUAUUGGAUGUCAAGAGAUAGUAGAGUACAAGAUAAUUGGGCUUUUUUGUUCGCACAAAAGUUAGCUCUCAAAAAUGAAGUACCUCUUCAUGUGUGUUUUUGCAUAAUUGCUAAAUAUUUAGAUGCCUCUGUUAGGCAAUUUCACUUUUUACUGAAAGGAUUAGAAAAGGUAUCUGCUGAAUGUAAGAAAUUGAAUAUAUCAUUUCACUUAUUAGAAGGUAGUGGCGCUGAUGCUUUACCCCAGUGGGUAAUAGACCAUAAAAUUGGAGCAGUUGUAUGUGAUUUUAAUCCUCUUCGAGUGCCUUUAGGUUGGCUUGAGGGAGUUAAGAAAAAACUUAAAAAAGAUGUUCCCCUUAUUCAGGUAGAUGCCCACAAUGUAGUGCCAUGUUGGGUGGCAUCUGAUAAACAAGAGUAUUCAGCGAGAACUAUUAGAAAUAAAAUCAAUUCUAAGUUAGAUGAGUUUCUCACAGAAUUCCCUCCAGUUAUUAAGCACCCUUAUAUUAGCAAGUUCGAACCAGAACCAAUAGAUUGGGAUGAAGCAAUAGAUUCAAGAGAGGCAGAUAAAUCAGUAGGACCAAUAGAGUGGGCCACUCCAGGUUAUGACAGUGCCAUGAAAGUUCUAAAAGGUUUUCUUGAUAAACGCCUUAAGAUUUUCGCCAGUAAAAGAAAUGACCCCACACAAGACGCACUCAGUAAUUUAUCCCCAUGGUAUCAUUUUGGCCAAAUAUCUGUACAAAGAGUAGCACUCUGUGUGAAAGAGUUCAAAAAAACUCACACAGAGAGUGUGAAUGCAUAUCUGGAGGAGGCCAUAGUGCGGCGUGAACUUGCUGAUAACUUCUGCUUCUAUUGUGAACACUAUGACAGUAUUAAAGGAGCCAGUGCAUGGGCGCAGAAGACUCUAGAUGACCAUAGGAAAGAUAAAAGAAGUCACAUAUACACACUACAACAGCUCUCUGAAGCAAAAACGCAUGAUGAUUUAUGGAAUUCAGCUCAAAUACAAUUGGUGAAGGAAGGCAAAAUGCAUGGCUUUCUACGCAUGUACUGGUGUAAGAAGAUCUUAGAGUGGACACAGACACCUGAACAAGCUCUGAAGUUUGCUAUUUACUUGAAUGACCACUACAGUGUUGAUGGGAGAGACCCAAAUGGAUAUGUUGGCUGCAUGUGGUCAAUCUGCGGUAUCCACGACCAGGGCUGGGCGGAGCGGGCGGUGUUCGGCAAGAUACGGUACAUGAACUACGACGGGUGCAAGCGCAAGUUUCCAGUGCCGGCAUUCGUCGCGCGCUACGGGGGGAAAGUGCACAAGUACGUGCCUAAC